UAGAAGUCUCACCGUGGCACUAAGCAUUCCAAACUCUCAUCACUGGAGCAAGCUUCUACACAUCGGACUAUCAUCACCACAGAUCAGCAACCAACCCCCUGGAAUAAAAUAAUAAGGUCUCGGUUUAACGUGGUUGAGUCUCUGAAAUAUUUGUAUUCGGUUCAGCAGCGCACUCAUCAACUACUGGGAGAAUGGUGGAGGUGAGGAGGAUCUGUUGUAUUGGGGCUGGCUACGUGGGAGGUCCCACCUGCAGCGUGAUCGCCCAGAUGUGCCCCGAGGUGACGGUUACCGUGGUGGACGUGAACGAGGACCGCAUCCGUGCCUGGAAUUCUGAUAGCCUUCCCAUCUUUGAGCCUGGACUCCAGGAAGUGGUGGACUCAUGCCGCGGGGUCAACCUUUUCUUCUCCACAGACAUUGAUGAGGCCAUAAAAAAUGCAGACCUGGUUUUCAUAUCUGUCAAUACGCCUACCAAGACAUUUGGAAUUGGUAAGGGUCGAGCAGCGGACCUGAAGUACAUAGAAGCAUGUGCCCGGCGCAUUGCUGAUGUGUCCAUCGGGUGUAAGAUUGUUGUAGAGAAAAGCACAGUUCCUGUUCGUGCUGCUGAGAGCAUCCGCCGCAUCUUCAAUGCCAACACCAAGAGUAGCUUCAACUUUCAGGUUCUCUCAAACCCAGAGUUUCUUGCUGAGGGAACAGCCAUCACUGAUCUGAAGAAUCCAGACAGGGUAUUGAUUGGAGGGGAUGAGACCCCUGAGGGCCAACAUGCUAUUGAGGCCCUGCGGAGCAUCUAUGAGCACUGGGUCCCCAAGAGCAAGAUUAUCACCACCAACACCUGGUCCUCUGAGCUCUCCAAGCUGGCAGCCAAUGCCUUUCUGGCCCAACGUAUCAGUAGCAUCAACUCCAUCAGUGCCCUGUGUGAGGUAACUGGUGCUGAUGUAGAGGAGGUGGCGCAUGCCAUCGGGACAGACCAGAGAAUAGGCAGUCGCUUCCUGAAGGCCAGCGUGGGAUUUGGUGGCAGCUGUUUCCAGAAGGAUGUCCUCAAUCUUGUGUACCUAUGCGAGGCUCUAAACCUACCAGAGGUUGCAAGAUACUGGCAACAGGUUAUAGAGAUAAACGACUACCAGCGAAAACGAUUCUCUUCGCAGAUAAUCAGCUGCCUCUUCAACACAGUGACGGACAAGAAGAUAGCCUUGCUAGGAUUCGCUUUCAAGAAAAACACAGGCGAUACAAGGGAAUCCUCUAGUAUCUACAUCAGUCGCUACCUGCUGGAGGAGGGGGCCUGUCUACACAUCUAUGACCCCAAGGUUAAAGCGCUGCAGAUCAUGCACGACCUAACUCAGCCCACACUCUCAGAAAGACAUGACCCCGCCACAGUUUCUCGUCUAAUCACCAUCGUCACUGACCCAUACAAGGCUUGUGAGAACGCCCAUGCAAUUGUCAUCUGCACAGAGUGGGAUAUGUUCACGGAGCUGGACUAUGAGAAGAUCUAUAAAGCCAUGCUGAAACCUGCCUUCAUCUUUGACGGUAGAAGGAUCUUGGAUAGCUUGCACGACCAACUCCAGCAUAUCGGCUUCCAGGUGGAGACUAUUGGGAAAAGAGUUAACCAGAGGAUCCACUUCACUGCAAGUGGCGACAAGUCAAAAAUAGACCAACAGCAACCAUUGAAGAAGAUCAAACUAUGAAGUGUGCUUAUGGGACAUGAGCGACAGAGCCAGCUCAGUGCAGUAAUAUAUUAAACCAAGUUAAAAUGUUUUAUGUAAUAUUAAAUCAGUGGUAGGGCUAGGCGGCAUACCGUAUUUUACUAUAUACACCAGUAUUGAUGCACGGACCGGUUUGGGUUUUUACUUGACCUUCUAAUGGCAUUUCAAUGUUUUGGUUUGUUAAAUGUGUGAUACACGCGACUCUCGCGCGUGUAAUGUUCGGUUUUUAUCUUUUACUCCCUUUGCUACUUGGGUCAUCUCUCUCCCCGCCUCUCCUCCUGCAUGCCGCCAGAGAGGAAGAGGCAAAGCGAGAGGUUUUACUUGCUAAUUUGCUACGUGAGGCUUAUUUGAUCUAAUAGAAGUUUCAUAAUGGUUAGGUUGUUACGAAUGCACUGAUAUAAGUGGACGCACGUUGCAUUUCGGCAACGUUUUAGCAUGGACAUUGCCUUUGAGGGGUUCCACCAUUUUAAAGUAGUCAGGGAUUCCUAUGAGUUCGAAGCAAU